UGUCAGCUUGGUUAGACUUUCGAGUCGUGGUCGAUGUAGAACAAACGUUUUACUCGACCAUCGACUUUGACCGUAUCACCUUUGUCUGAUUUCGGUAUACCUAGUUCUGUGGCGUCCAUGUCUGAUUUGUUAACUCUGAAUUGUGUCUGUAUAGGAAUGGCUACGUGACGAAUUGUCCCGUAACAUGGUUUGAGAAAACUUUUAGCUUUUGUUGGUGAUAGUCAUGUGAUCGAUUUGAGCUCGCUUGACAACGACGAAUAGUGGUCAUAUAUGUAGACGUUAAUAAUGACACCGGAACGGUUGAAACGACCUAGUAUUUGUAAAAUCAGGCUCGCUUAGACCUCGAAGCCUGUUCUCGGAGAUACCAGCGUUGACCGUGCGUUUUAUUAGUAACUAUUUCUACUUCCGUAUUUCUUCUAAGUUGUCCAUCAAAUCGUAGUUCUCAAACUCAUAUCCUAGUGAUAUUAGUGCUCAGAAGCUUCAGUCGGACCAUGUGGCUAGAAGAAGGAUUGGGUGCAUGCCUCAACGCACUGCUAGUUUGGGUGGCGUUGAGUGAACCCGACAUUGCUAUGGCCUGUUACUACGCGAAGUUCUCACCCGAUCACACAAUGUGUGUCAGGAGCUAUUGUCAACAAGAACGCUCAAAGGUAAACAGCUAUGAUCAGCAAAAGAUCAUUGACAUUCACAACGAAUGGCGAGGGCGCGUAGCCACAGGACAGAUACGCGGACUUCCGACUGCCGCAAAUAUGAGAUACAUUCGCUGGGACGCUGAGUUGGCGAAAAUCGCUCAAGCUCAUGCCAACUUAUGCCGUUUCGAACAUGACUGCCGGGAUUGCCGUCAGAUUGAUCGCUUCAAAUCUGUUGGUCAGAACAUCUUCACUGUAUGGUUGUCGUCUCGAGAUAACCAUCCCGCCAUCGGCUGGAGGCAAGCUAUUGACUCGUGGUUUGAGGAAAAUCGUAGAACCCCAUUGGAUGUUAUCCGAUCAUUUCGUUUUGGAAGUGACUUCGCACACUUUACCCAGGCAGCUUGGGCGGAUACUGAGUACGUGGGCUGUGGUUACUCGAUGUACCGACAGAACAGCAGUUACGUUCAUCUCUACACGUGUAAUUACGGUUCAUCUGGUAAUUCAUGGGGUCAACCUGUGUACCAACAGGGACAGAGUUGCUCCCUCUGUCCGAUUACUACGCAGUGCAAUUUUCAGGGUCUCUGUGUGUAAAGGCCAACUUGACAAGACGAAAGUCCUUCUACAAGGGGUUCACCAACGUCAGUUGCAGCCUAAAUCGGGCUUCUGAGAUGGACUUGAAUUAUUAAGGGAAGAAACAGAACCCCUUCAGCGUCGUAGUAAAAAAAUCCAUCAACUCCAACACAGAUCGACAGUACUUAGUGACCUCUAAUAAGCCCUCACUUGAGUAUUAUUACCUGCAUGGCUUGAAGAUGUCCACUAACUCAAACUAUUGUAAUGAAAGACAGAAAAUAUCCACACGAGACCUGAGUGCAUCUUCCGAACUAUGCAAAAACAUCAAUGAAAAAAUGACAAUUGUUUAAUAGAGAAAAUAGAAUAAUAAAUGAAUGUCUGUCUAUUGUGGCAGUCCUACCGACUGGAAACAGUCGCUCGAAAUCUGCCGCUAGUCAGACCCAUUCUAGUAUCAUUACCGCUAUACGUGUUUCAGUAAUAUGACGAAAUAUCCCUAAUGAAUAUUUUUGUUGAACGUUUGUAUAAGCUAGUAGAGAACCCCCGAUUAAAUCAAUGUUAUUCUGAAGCUUCUUUCCCACAAAUUGUUAUUAUCCCAUUCUUUUUAAAAUAAUAGGAUAAUAACUUCAAUUAGACAUAGAUAGCGUUCUUAUUCAACAGACUGUCAUUAAAAUAAUCAUCACAAAGUAACUUGAGAUUUAUUUUUUCUUCUUACAUAUCGAGCACGUAUAUAGCAGAAAAUACGCCAAGCAAGUACGACAGUAAUUUAAUUCUAGAUCGAAUUUUUGGUUUUUGGGCAAUGUUUAGUCUGCUUGUCAACCUAAUUCCUAUACUGUAUGUAGCAUCAGCUUUAAUAGAUUUUUUCGUUUAUUGUAAUCCAGUAAAACAGAUGAAAAUACCUAGACUUCCUAAUGUUGUACUCUUUAAAAAAAGUAACGUAACGGGAGCCAUGCGUCAACAGGUUUUCCUGUCCUUUCUUCCCGUAUGCAAACAACAACAACAACACUAUAAUCUUUGUUAGAAACACUGAUGUCUAAAACUUAUGGA